UUCGCUGGCAUAUUGGAAUAUUUAUCAUAUCUACAGGGUGUCACUUUGCUGGCAUUCGGCAACGGCGCACCAGAUGUAUUCAGCGCAGUCACGGCCAUCACCACUGGUGAUCCGGACGCUCCGGAUGAAGGUUUGGGACUGGGUUUUUUGUUAGGUUCGGGACUUUUGGUCAGCACGGUGACUGCCGGCUUGGUUAUCGCCAGUACACCUUUCAGAAUGAGUCGCCGCCCAUUUCUGAAGGAUUCCAUAUUUUAUCUGGCUGCUGUCGCUUGGAGCGCUUCAAUCCUUAUUCGACGACGAAUAUAUUAUGCGGAUGCAAUAGGUUUUCUAGUGAUGUACAUACUUUACGUGUUCAUCACAUGGGCAGGAGGGACGGUGCAUCGUCGUCAAAUGAAGUCCACCAAACAAUAUGGAAGCGGACAAUUUUGGCCAUCUUCUAUACAGUGGAUUAUUGAUAUUCUCACCUCCUGUUGCAGUGCAGUAUACAUGCAUUGUUUACAGAACUGUGAUUUUCCCCUGUAUCCUCACUUGUUUCAACGGCAAACAACGGGUGAUACGGAGGUCCAGGCCACUGUAAAAGUGGCGUAUUCACGGUCGGUGGCGGAUGCGGCUACAACCAAAAUGUCCGAUUUAGAAACGUGCAUUGCAAACGGUGCCGUGGUUUACGCAAAAUAUAAUCCAAACGAAUUCAUCCCGUCAGCCGACCUACCAACUCCGGUUAUUAGAGUCACGUCCACACAGAGCCCAGAGCACGCCGAGGGGGAUAAAUUUAUGUGUGGUAGUUACCUACCUGCAAACGAUACAGAAAAUACAAUAACCCCUGUUCCACUGGGUACGGAAUCAACGUAUGCAAUACACCUCCUUACUCCGGCGGAUCAUCCAAGAAUGCGCUCCUCCUCAUUGCGUUCAACUGAUGAGAUGCCGAAUACCCGCCGUCUUUCCACCGGUGCGGCAUUCAACCGAGGUCCAUGCCAACGCUCACAGUCAGCUCACCGGAGACGAGCAAGUGCUCGUUUGAGUACCGUUGGCUACGAUUUGCCAUAUAUGGUCAGAUGGAUUAUAGCGAACCGAGGCAUGGAAGAAAAGGACCUAAGUUCAGCCACUGGCUGGCGGCGUUCGCAGCGAUCUGUGCAUCUCGACUUGGAAGGAGUAAUAAUCCAAAUCACAAUACCCUACUUCCAAACAAACAUUAUCUCCCAAAUUCCCAAUCUAAACAAACCCCAUUCAAAAUCAUACCUUCUCCCAUAA